AGAGAGAGAGAGAGAGAGAGAGAGAGUCCCACUAUCCCUCCAUCCGUCUUACCCUCAUCCAGUGGUGUGUUCAAGCUCCAGUCCUGCAUGUGGUUUGGUUUUGAAUCCAUGCAGAUUUGAGGUCAGUAAAUCUAGAGUUGCAGCAGGAUUUCUUUGGGGGGAACGUGUGUCCGUACUGCCCUGGGAAUAUCACACUGCUUCGUACAAGGACUGACGUUGCAUGAUCUUACCGGGACCCCCUGAGUCUUUUGCCAGCCUCCUUCUGUCAUGGAUUCCUGUUGAGGGAGCGCAGAGGAGAGAAGCGGACGAUGGGAGCAGCAGAAAUAGGAUUAAGGAGCGUGGAGUGGGACGUGUAGGAAUAUGGCUGGACUCCGUUGUGACUCCCGGGGCGCAGAAGUGACCUUUGACACUGGAGACAAACCUUUUCGAGACUUCUUUGUAUGCAGGGAUAACCAUCUCAGCUGACAUCGAAUCAUCAGAUAUUCAUAACCAGUCACAUUUGAACUUUCUUUCCAGACCCACAUGACUCAAGGGGAUAGUUUUAAAGCCUUGACAACCCAACAUACGUGCAGCGAGCCCACGAGUGAUGCGGAUCUCAGCAGCUGGAGGCAUGUUGCUCUGCAGCCUGUGUAAGGCCGGGGAUGGCAGCAAGUCAGACAGAAGUGGGCCGCGCAGAGGGACCCUGAGGAUUAUCCUCUUCAGUACACUGUGCCUGAUGGUUGAAGCCCAAAUGAAGAUCUCACCCGAAACGGUGCAGCAGUGGGCAGUGUCCUUUGGCAAAGAGAUCGCUGCUCUGUCUGCUCGGUACUCUGGAGCUAAACUUCUGCAGAAGAAAUUCAAGGAUAUUGAGGGCGUGGUGAAGAUGGAGGAGGUGAACGGAGAAGAGCUGGUGAAAAGGUUUGCAGAGGAGAUGGAGGAGAUGCUCGGCAGGAAGAUGAAGUCUGUGAAGAGACUGGCAGAAGCAGCAGAGGAUGCUGAUUUGUACCAUGAGUACAACGAAACAUUGGAGUUUGAUUAUUACAACUCCAUGCUAAUCAACACUGUGGACGAGGACGGGAACCCGAUGCCUCUUGGAGGAGAUUUCCUCCUGGAGCCGAAUGAACACUUCAAUAAACUGCCAGUCAACACACAACAGAGUAACAUACAAGUCCCCACUAAUGUCUACAAUAGAGAUCCAGAUAUUCUGAAUGGAGUCUAUAUGUCUGAGGCGCUGAAUGAUGUGUUCAUUGACAACUUCCAGAAAGAUCCAACUCUCACCUGGCAGUACUUUGGCAGCUCUACGGGUUUUUUCAGGCUGUAUCCAGGGAUUCAGUGGAUUCCAGAUGAAAAUGGUGUCGUGACCUUUGACUGCAGAAACAGAAAUUGGUACAUCCAAGCAGCUACGUCUCCUAAAGAUGUGAUCAUCGUGGUGGAUGUUAGUGGCAGCAUGAAAGGACUCAGACUGACCAUCGCUAAACACACCAUCAAUACAAUCCUGGACACACUGGGAGAAAAUGACUUUGUUAACAUCAUAGCUUACAGUGACUAUGUCAGAUAUGUGGAGCCCUGCUUCAAGGGCACGCUGGUACAGGCUGAUCUGGAUAACAGAGAGCAUUUCAAGCUCUUGAUUGAUGGGCUUCAUGUGAAAGGGGAGGGCAAAGUGAAAAACGCAAUGAAAGAAUCUUUCAGGAUCCUUAAUGAGGCCACAACGCAGGGCCAGGGUAGCCUGUGUAAUCAAGCCAUCAUGCUGAUAACGGAUGGGGCUAUGGAGGACUUCCAGGAAGUCUUUGAGGAGUUCAACUGGCCAGAGCGACGGGUUCGAGUGUUCACCUAUCUAAUCGGACGAGAAGUGACAUUUGCAGAAAAUGUCAAAUGGAUUGCCUGCAACAACAAGGGUUAUUACACACACAUCUCCACACUGGCUGAUGUCCAGGAAAAUGUUAUGGAGUACCUCCAUGUUCUCAGCCGGCCUAUGGUCAUCAAUCAUGAUCACGACAUCAUAUGGACUGAGGCUUACAUGGACAGUGUGCUAUUUAACACGCAGGCCCAAAGCCUGCUUCUGAUGACCUCCGUAGCCAUGCCUGUAUUCAGCAAGAAGAAGGAGACAUUGUCACAUGGGAUUUUGUUGGGAGUGGUGGGAACUGACGUGGCCCUAAGAGAACUGAUGAGAUUAGCUCCACGGUACAAGCUGGGUACCCAUGGUUACGCCUUCCUUAUCACUAACAACGGUUACAUUCUGUCUCAUCCUGACCUGCGACCUCUGUAUAAGGAGGGGAAGAAGCUAAAGCCAAAACCUAACUACAACAGCGUUGAUCUGUCUGAGGUGGAAUGGGAGGACACAGAGGAGGAACUGAGGACAGCCAUGGUUAAAGGAGACACUGGGAUGUUAUCUUUAGAUGUGAGGACUUCAGUGGAUAAAGGAAGGAGAGUGAUGUUCCUAAAGAACGAUUACUUCUACACUGUCAUCAAUGAGACACCAUUCAGUUUAGGUAUAGUGUUGACGAGAGGAUUUGGGCAAUAUAUUUUCAUCGGGAAUGUCUCUGUUGAGGAGGGUCUUCAUGACUUACUGGCUCCAGAUCUUACCAUUGCAAGCGAGUGGACGUACUGCGAAACAGACAUCGACCCUGCCCACCGCAAGCUGAGCCAGCUGCAAGCAGUGGUGCAAUACCUCACUGGUAAAGAACCAGACCUGGAGUGUGAUGUGCCGUUGUUGCAACAGACUCUAUUUGAUGCGGUGGUCACAGCUCCUAUGGAGGCUUACUGGACUGCUCUUAUGCUCAACACAUCUGGUAUGGAUAGGGGCAUUGAAACUGCGUUCUUGGGAACCCGUUCAGGUUUGAUGAGAUUCCAGAGGUACACUGGCAUUGAGAGAAGAGUUGCCAAGUCAUUCCUGACCUCCACAGACAAGGAGAAUAUGUUCACAUUGGACCAUUUUCCACUGUGGUACCGCAGAGCAGCCGAGCACCCAGCUGGACAGUUUUUAUACUACAUGCCCAGACAGGACACUAAAGAUGGACUGAGGAGCUAUGAGCCUGACUAUAGCCCCACGUUGAGUGCAGAGAAGGUGGAGUACCACACUGAGGAGGGGGGGAGAAAACGGAGGGAGGCGGAGGAGGGGGAAGAGGCAGGGAGGAUCGUGAUCUCUGCCACUGCUGUCACUGUUACGGUGGGCAAGAAAACUGCCAUCGCUGGAGCCAUUGGUGUCCAGAUGACUCUGGAGAUGAUUGAGUCCAGGUUCUGGACUAUCGGGGCACAGUGCUCCGGUGUAGAGGGAGUUUGUCCUCUUCGCUGUGACAGCUUGGAUAUCGAGUGCUACGUGAUUGACAAUAAUGGCUUUGUCCUAAUUUCGGAGCAGCGAACUAAUGCUGGGAGGUUCUUCGGUGAGAUUGAUGGAUCUGUCAUGACUACGAUGAUCAGAAUGGGCAUGUUCAAAAGGGUAUCCCUGUUCGAUUACCAGGCCAUGUGUAAGAUGCACUCGCACUCCGUCAGCAACGCUCGUCCACUCCUCAGCCCAUUCUACGGUUUGGCUUCAGCCCUCAAGUGGUUCCUGUCCAACUUCCUGCUGUUCCUCCUAGAGUUUAAUAUCUGCAGUUUCUGGCACGCGGAGCAUUUUGCAGAUGCCAAGCCAUCAUUCAGUGUGUCCUCUGCUCAUAAGAAAAAAGGGGACAUCCUGCAGCCGUGUGACACAGAGUACCCCAGCUUCAUUUACGAGCCGUCAGUCAAAGAGACGAACAGCAUUAUUAAGUGUGGACGCUGCCAGAAGAUGUUUGUAGUGCAGCAGAUACCAGAGAGCAAUCUGCUGAUGCUGGUAGUGCAAGCAGACUGUGACUGCUCCAGACAGCACCCCCCGAUCACCAUGGAGCCCAAAGAAGUCAAAUAUAAUGCAUCAGUAAAGUGUGACAGGAUGAGGUCACAAAAGAUUCGCCGACGCCCUCAGUCCUGCCACUCUUACCAUCCACAGGAAAAUGCUGAUGACUGCGGAGGAGCUUCCUUCAUGUCUCUUUCAGCACCUCUCUUCUUCAUCUGUGUCAUAUUCUCCACACUCGUCUCCUGAUGACUUGACUGCUUCACCCAUUCUCACAUGAAUGAAGAGACUGGAAUAAAGCAAAAAAUGUAUAAGGAAACCUCAGGAGUUUUUUUUUCUUUUAAAUCUGACAAAUUUUAACCAUUUUUUUCAUUAUGAAAUCUCAACCCAGUCUCUCAUGAGCAUUUGAUGUGGUUUUUGAGCAUUCAUUUAUGAACCGCUGGACAUGGUCUCAAUUAAAAACUAGAAAGAGUGAAAGCGGACUGUUGCCAUGGAUACUUUUUUAUUAGUUCACACAUCCCUUUGCAUCUCAAAAUUAAAAUGCAUUGAAGGGCUGCCUAGUGGUGGCUUUGAUGUACAUUGAUAUAAAAGGCAUUAUAGGUCACUGAAUGCAACUCAACAAAGCUGCUUCUCCUUCCUGUUGUUACAUUGAGCUAAGCUUCAUAGACACACAUGCAUAUUGUAUAUGUGGCUGCGAGCAUGCACACCUGUACUCAAACACUCCCCGCUUUAUCAUGCACAGAGUUUUAGCUCCUAACACUCUAAAGCUGAAGACAAGCCACUGACGUUUUAAAGGUAGGAGCCAUUGCACACAAAAUAUAAUCACAAUGAGGUUCUAUAGAAUUUAAACAAAUAGAAAUUCUGAAGAAUGGCAAUUGUCAACUGUUCCAGGACCUCACUGUUUGAACCCAGAUUUGUUAUUGUAACAGUUCUUUAAAAGAUGUUUGUCUACCUUUCUGUUUGUCUUUGUGUUUGUGCAUACUAUUAGAGUUAUGUUUUCUGCUUGUCUGGGCAUGUGGAAACCAAAAUGCUCAGGUCUAGAAUCAGCAUGGAUAAAACAAUGAUAGAUUAAAGUUAUAAAAUGUGUCUGCUAACAGUAUGAAAAUGCAUAUACAUGACCACUAACAAGUGUUUGCACUUACUGUAAAUGUUUGAGGGCCUAAAGCAUUUAAUUGUAAAUCAGUUUUAAUUUAUUUCCAAGGCACUUUUUCAAACACCUUUCUGGGGCCAUAAAAAACCACGAUGUCAUGAUAAAAGAAGGAAAGCACUAAAGAUAAAGAAAUGUAGUAAUACUUUCAUUGUUAAACAUGUGUCAUGUUGAGGAUUAUGUAAUUCCACUGUAAAUGAAGAGUGUAAAUCUAAUUGCAUAAGGUAUUUUUGUAUACAUUUGCUUGUGCAUUUUAUAUUUGAAUUGUUUUAGUCAGUUAUCUUUUUUUUCUAAACACACUUUCAUAAUCUUACACAGCAUGUUUUAAGUUAAACUAAUACUGAUGACAAAAUUGCCUCAAGUUUUGCCUUUUUAUGAAGUAAAAAUCCACUGUUAUCUGGUGCACAUCACUGCAGUAUGUUCUUUCUGGAGUCAUUCACUUCAUUUGAUUAUUGCAUUUUGUUUUUGAUUCCACUUUUGCAAUACAAUGUUCUGUAUGUUGUGGGAUUUCAAUAUUCACGUUGUUUGUUGACUGACUAAAGCCAUGAUUUGUACAAGGUAAAAUUAAAUUAUAUGGAUUUUUUUA